AUGGCUGACUUUAUGUGGCGCCAGGUGCCUAUUGAAGAGACCCAGCUCGGCCUGAGACAGCUUAUUCAGAUUGCCAACGAAGAGAGGAUCCAGGACAUCUUCGCCAAAUUCCUUACUGCGCCCACGGAGUUACCGGAUGAAAAGGCAGGAGCUACAAAGACCCUCUGUCAAAUUUUUGGCAUUGAAGGCCUAAUUGCAACGAAUCAGAGGAAGCCAUAUGAGAUUUUUUUCAAGGGUGACGAUGAGCGAACAUGGUUCUUAGCCCACAGGAUUCCGAGGGGAAGAGAAGUCAGCGAAGCGGCCACAGUCAUGCGCGAGGAGGUGAAGAAUCUCGUAGGUUCGGAACCGAAAUUGAGUCAAUUGGUCAGCAAUUACUACAAGCUCUGCGACAUGUCGGAGGAGGCGGUGGAAGCAGCAAGAUCUCGGAGGGAAGCUCACUCCUGGACUUAA